AUGUGCCUCACAACGACCGCUACAACCGAGAAGGACUCGAACAAGACGACGACCAUCAGCAUGAACGCCAAACCCCCCAUGUCGCCUCGUACGAUCCUAAAACGCACCAGUGCUCCCGCUCUACUGCAAGGCGGUGGUACGAUCAAGAAAUCGGUCAGUGACACGAAUCUGUUUGCCAUGGCCGACUUUGAUGAGAAUGAAGCCGUCGAUGCGUUCUAUGUGCCUGGUGGAGAUGGCAGUGAUGACGACUCGUCUACCGAAGACGAUACCUUUGGCAUGACGGUCGAUGUCGAUGAAGUCGAUGUGGAUGACUUUGACGACGACGAUUGUACGUUUGAUGAACCACCGGAGAUUCCCACUCCUACUGGAUUUCACAAGAAAACUGUCUCGUUUGGAAAUCUCGAAGAACUUUCGUUUCCUGUCGUCCAAGGAGAUCCCAACUUUGAAAUGGCCUAUCCCAUGACGUUGGGAUGGGAUGCCAUGGAUGGAUCUAUUUCCACCAUUGAUGACUAUGAAAAACGUCGCAAAGGAUGUCGUCGCUUGUCGCAUGAAAUGUCGACAUCCUCCGAGGAUCGUCGCAAAAUCAUCAAGAAUUCCAAAAAACUCGAAAAGGAAAUUGCCAAGCAGCGCGCCAAAGACGGCAAACGCAAUAAUAAUGGACGACCCGGUCUUGUGAGGCGCAACAGUAUGUCCAAUGGUAUGAUGUUUGGUCGUGACAAGCGUCGCAAUCGUGUCCAGACAUUCUUGACUCGCAUGACGGGCAGAUAG